CAUGGUCAUGAGAACAGCUUUAUCUUUACGAGUGUUGCAAUGGACUCAUUCCGUAUCUUCAAAAUUACGGCAGAUUGAAGUCUCACAUCUGAGGCCGGGUUCUAGCUCUUAGGGGUAGGAAAAAAAUCUUUGAUUGUAUCGGCCCAAGCAGAUGAAGUUUCAUCAUAGUCAUCAGAUCAGAACAUGGGUGAACAGAAAACGCAAAACAAGGAUUCGACAAAUAUCGAUUCUAACUGUGAUAAACUUUUGAUGGCAACCUGACAAAUUCAACUAGCUACAAGAGAUUUGAGCCCAGUAGUUGUGUUAGUUGAUUCAUGAAUUCAUGUUCUGUGGAUUUUGGCCAAACCUCAGCGAGCUAGAAAUCUGAGUUCGGACUGAGUUGCAUUCAAUCAACGAUCACCGUUGUUUGACCUCCAGGUUCCACACAUCACUGCUCUUCCGGUAUUGUUUAUUCAUUUGUGUGAUUGGUGUGCAGCUUCUACUGGGUAUGAAGUUUGAUCCUUGCCGUUAUCAACGUCGGAUGCAAAUUCCCAUGAAAGCAUUUUCAAGGUGAGGUUACGUCACUAUGCACUUCAUAUCUCUACAAUCUACUCACCAUUGUGUUUUAGGCAAUCAUGUUGUGUUAGAGGAAGGAGAGAUGCGGCUUUGGAGACGGUGUGAGGCAACAACUGCAAUAGGGAUGUAGUAGAGUUCUUAGUUGAACUUUGAGACUGCUGCAAUUUCAGGCGAUUUUGCAGCCGUUACGUUCAAUGAGAGCAGGUGUUAGAGUGAGGUUAAGACCCCUGAGUUUGAAGGGGCAGCAUGUAUAUAUAUAUAUAUAUAUGUAUACACCAACGGUCACGUCCACAUUGUCGAGCACCCCAUCACGCUUGGCACUAAAUACUUCUGAAUUGUUGGGGCGAAGAAGCGUUCAGACAUUGCCCCAGCGCUUGACAGUGAGCUGAGGAUGGAGAUAGCCUACGCAACCAUCUAUCUACGAUUGUGCCAGUUUGAGAAUUCCAUCAGGCGCUCUGAUUUUUAUUUCGAGUUGAUGCGGGCAGAAUAAGCUCCGGCCCUCAGACCCUAAACCUGGAAGUUACAACUCUCGGCAUUCUAAUCUUUGCAAGGCUAUUACAUUUGUUCGACAACGCCUUUCUGGUACUAGACUUUAUCCAGAAGUGGAGCUGGACAUUUCCUCGACUCCAGCUGGUUGUCUCUGUUGCAUUCGUUUUGGGGACAAUCAAGAAGGAGCUUUUCAGAUCGUCUGCAAUCUUAACUAGGCAUUUCUUUCGUGCAGCUCAUGAACAAAUCUGAGAUUCAGAUCCGGUGAAGCAGCCUUCCUGGCAAAAUAUUCCUAAGUCGGUGGGUGGUGGGACAAUGUAUAGACGGUAUCUGAAGCCCUGUACUUAUAGAUUUCAUCACGAGUUUAACUCUCAAGAUGUAUUUGCUUCGUGCCAAUCUAUGCUUCGAGGGAUUUCUCCCACGUUCUGGAGGCGGGCUCAGGUUCAGAGACGCAGAGUUUUCACCAGUUCUUCUCAUUCAUGGCUUAGUUGUCAAGGUUUCGACUGCAUACCUAGCAUACCCUCUGCUCUGCUAUUGCUUAGGCAACAGAGAUUGCUCGUAGGACAUGCUCUCAGGGGCUACAUAACCACGAGUGCCGGUGUAAUCAAUCCAUCAAGGCAAAGUUUGUUUCCGCAGAAGGAAAGAUUAUUACGGAUAUCAUCAUCGUUCACUCGCUCCUGCAGUGACGAGCGUGGUACAGAUGGCAAGAGCCAAGCAGACGUUUCUUCCUCAAUUGGAAGUGGCGGGGAUAACUACAAAGGUGCUGAAUAUGUUAUGGCCUGUAGUAGCGGUGGUGAAGAUGAGAGUGAUGAGGGACUAAAGUGGCGGCACUCGGCAACGACUAGUGGGAAUCAGGACGAGAGCUCUAUUGAAAGUUUUCAUCAUGAUAACCAGGACUCAUUGUAUCUGGCUCAGAAGGCUCGAUUCAGGAAGGCUUUUGAGGAGCGAUUGCAGAGAUGGGAGGAUGCGAAAGUCACUCUGGAAGAAUUUCCACAUUAUUUGAGUGAAACUACACGAGAUCUAUUGGUUGAUUGUGCAGCCGCACAUCUGCGGCAACCCCUCUAUGCAGAAUUUGGUUCAGGGUUGUCCUAUUCCAAUCGCCGCAUCUGCUUACGUGGCUCAACCGGAACUCUUUUGUAUCAGGAGAGAUUGGUGGAGGCACUUGCUCACCAUCUUCAAGCGCCAUUACUUGUGCUCGACAGCACCUCUCUUGCUCCCCAUGACUUUGGAGCUCAUGAGUUAAUUUCUGCCUCUAGUUCUGAUGGGUCUGAUUCAGAGAACGAGAGUACGUCAGCGUUGAGUGACGGAGAGAAAGACGAGGGUAUUAGUGAGAGGAUGAGGGGGGCCCGUGAUGUUAAAGUGGAUGUGCUGCUAGAGGUAGCUGCUGAUUCGGUUCAAGUUGAAAGACAGCAUGCUUCUAUGAAGGAAACAAUAGUGGAGGGAAGUGGAGAGAAACAAGGGCGUGGAAAGUCUGCUGGUUGGAAAGAAAAUAGAGCAUCAGCUCUCUCGCCUGGCAACGUUUCUGCAGCUGAUCCAUGUGAAGAAUGGGUAGCUGCCAUUGAUGCUCUUUCUGAGAUGUCAUCACGUUCGAAGCCUAUGGUGAUUUAUUUUCCAGAUCCUAGGCAUUGGUUUGAGAGAGCUGUUCCAUUAGAUAGGAGGCAGGAGUUUUUGGAGCGCGUAGAAGCAAAACUGGAUCAAAUUGAGGGUCCUAUUGUUAUGAUUGCCAGCCGUUUAUCUGACGAGAAAGCGGAAGUUGAUGACCGGGCAAGAUUGAAAGCUCACUUGGAAGAUAUUCGUUCCCGCCUGAAUCAAAGAACAUCAACCAGAUGGGUAUUUCGGGAUUUACUGGGAAGUGAAGAUGUUUACGAGCUUUUUCCCAAUCAUAUCAAAAUUUAUCCUCCAAAAGAGGAUGGAAUGCUGCGCGAGUGGAAAAAGCAAUUAUUAAAGGAUAAGGAGAUCAGUCGUGCUAAACACAAUAUCGGGCAGCUACGUGAGGUUCUGGAAACAAACUAUAUGGACUGUGAGGGUCUUCCCGCAUUGAACUUGUUGGGUCUCGACCUCUCUAAAACCAAGGCUGAGAAAGUUGUAGGAUGGGCUAGGAAUCAUCAUCUUGGAAUGUCUCUGUUUGAUCCUCCCACUAGCAAUGGCAAACUUAUGAUCCCUCGGGAUAGUAUGGAAAGAGCACUUACGAGACUGCGGGUCCAAGAAAAUAAAAAGCCCCCAAGCAUUGUAAAAGAUUUCAAGACAGUUGCAGAAGACGAAUAUGAGAAGGCGUUGAUCUCGGCGGUCAUACCCCCGAAUGAAGUGAGUGUGAAAUUUGAUCACAUUGGUGCGCUUGAAGAUGUAAAAAGUGCCCUCAAGGAGCUUGUUAUGCUUCCCUUGCAGCGUCCAGAACUAUUUUGUAAAGGAAAUCUGACUCGGCCUUGCAAAGGAGUUUUGCUUUUUGGACCUCCAGGUACAGGCAAAACUUUGCUAGCUAAAGCAGUGGCUACAGAAGCUGGCGCCAACUUCAUCAAUAUCACGGGUUCUACAAUCACCUCCAAGUGGUUUGGGGAUGCGGAAAAGCUGACUAAAUCUUUGUUUUCUUUGGCAAAAAAGCUCGCUCCCGCUGUUAUUUUUGUUGAUGAGGUGGACAGUUUAUUGGGGGCCAGAGGCGGUAGUUCCGAACAUGAAGCCACCCGUAAGACUAGAAAUGAAUUUAUGGCCGCCUGGGAUGGGCUCCGCUCAAAGGAUAAUGAACGAGUCUUGGUCUUGGCUGCUACAAAUCGGCCAUUUGACCUUGACGAUGCUGUGAUCCGGAGAUUACCAAGGAGAAUAUUAGUGGACCUGCCGAACACAGAAAAUAGAGUGAAGAUCUUGCGUGUUAUAUUGGCUGAUGAAGAACUUGAGGAAGGGUUUGACUUCGAAGAACUAUCGCGCAUUACGGAUGGGUAUUCUGGAAGUGAUCUUAAGAAUCUCUCUAUAGCUGCUGCUUAUCGCCCCAUAAGAGAGCUUUUACUGUAUGAAGAACAAGAGGAUAAACUAGAAGGAACUGCUGCCACCAACCGUGCUCAAUCAUCAGCAGUGAUCAGACCCCUCAGAUAUGAUGAUUUUAAGCAGGCGAUGGCUCAGGUAGGCGCUUCAGUAGCUUUUGCUGCCUCCAGCAUGAACGAGUUGCGGCGAUGGAACGAACAGUAUGGAGAGGGUGGCAACCGCAAAAAAUCCACUUUUGGCUUUGGGGUAUGAGGACUUCAUUUUGAUAUGGCAGCCCAGCUUGAGGAGGCUCCUGGGAACCCAUCCACCUCAUCUGAGCAUAUUUGUGGAUCAAACCUCCGUAGUGAACUGUAACCGAUUGCCAUGGCUUUUAUGAUAAUCUAAAGAGCUCAUUCAUUCGGGAUAUGUUAUCGACUAUGCAAUUAUAAGUCUUGAGGGAAUGUAAAGGACAUGUCACUUUAAAUCAGCUCACUCACGUUUUGAAACCAGGACUUCGUUGAGACUUGGAGGUGGUCUCUUGCUAAGCAGAGUCUCAGAAUGCACUGCAGUCCUACGUGUUGCACUUCCACGUGAAUUGGCUCCUAGUUUAGUGGAAUUCUGUAUCUCGUGGUGGUAGUGAGAGUUGUCAAACAUUAAGCUACAUGAAAUGACCUUUAUGGGCAUUUUGCUACUACUAAGCACAUGAAACUUUCAGGUAGUUGUUUGAAGUACCAUUUCAUACCCAAGAUGGGAACCAUAUUGGUUUAGGAUCGCUUGUGAAGUAUCCGCAAGUUUCUUCUACGUAAUGGGGUAAUGCAUAGUCUUGCAGUUUUAGAACUUACUCCAUAACUAUCACAAGUAAAACAAGUUGUGUAGGAUCUUGCAUUUGCAUUCCAAAGCAAAAGUUUCUACGUUGCGCA